AUGGCAAACUCAACCGAGAUAAGCUAUGGUGGGACAGAAUGCUUGAAUGGAAACAGUGAUCAGAGUGGCUCGUUGAAAGAUGUUGAUAAAAUGUCAGAGGAUUUGGAUGAGUUGAAUGUGGAAGAUAAAAAUGGAGAAGACUGUAGUGUGGACUUUGAGUACGAAGAAGAAACCCAUAUUGAUGGUACUGAUGCAACAAUAGAUAUCAACAAUGAAGAUGACAUCCUAAUGAUUGAUCUUAAGAAUUUAUGUCCAGACAAAGUCUCAAUGCUAAGCUUCAUUAGCUUGGAUAUUGCUUAUUUAUUCUAUACUUGGUAUGGAAGGGUAAAUGGGUUCUCAGUUCGUAGAAGCAGUAUUCUGCGGAGCAAAACAAGUCAUGAAGUACUGCAACAGACCUUUGUGUGCUCUAGGGAAGGGAAACGUCGACUCAGCUGCUUAACCAUGGAAGACCGAAAGCGACGGGCAAAAAAUGAGACAAGGCUAGGAUGUGAACCCAAGUUCAGAGUCCACAUCCAUAUUGUUACUCGACGUUGGUAUGUGACUAUUUUUGCAUUUGCACAUAAUCAUGAACUUUUGGAUGGACUAUCUUGUGGAAUGUUGCCUCCUUAUAGGAAAAUGAAUGAGUCUGAUGUUGUGCAAAUGAAUAACAUGAGGAUGGCUGGUAUAGGUGCACAUGAUAUUUUUAGUUCGUUUGCAAUGCAGUCAGGUGGUUAUGAGAAUGUUGGUUUUCGACAGAAAGCCAUUUAUAAUCAAGUAGGAGAACAGAGGGCAGAACAUGAAUCUGAUGGUGUGGCCGCAUUGAAGGUUAAUCAUCAUCAACAAACCAUUGUGUUUGCUUCUGCCAUUGUUGGGAAUGAAAAGGAAGAGACGUAUGUUUGGUUACUCCAAAGACUAAUGGAAGUUAUAAAAGACAAGACACCUACGUCAGUCAUCACAGAUGGGGAUAUUCCAAUGAAGAAUGCAAUAAAGGUUGUGCUACCUCAAUCCCAUCACAGACUUUGUGCUUGGCAUUUGUGUUGGAAUGCAACCUCAAACUUGCAUAAUCCUGAAUUUACUGCUGCUUUCAACCAUUACAUGUUUGCUGGGUAUUAUGACAUAGGGACAUGGAAAAAAAAAUGGACAGAGAUGGUGGAUAAGUUUGAGUUGCAUGAAAAUGGAUGA